AUGGCAGAAUCCCCUGUAUUUCAGUUCACUCCGAGUCUACCGCGGGAAAUAUCAACCACGCCCACCCUCCACCACCUCUUAACUAUCAUCGUGGAAAGCUAUCUCCCGGAGAGUGAGAGGAAUACAGCUGCUGUCGCCCUCGCUACCGGCCACAGUCAAAAUCACGGCCACAAAUAUCAACAUCCACGAAUCUGUGGUUCCUGGGUUGAAGUUUUAUACGAGCUUCCCUGUCUAGCACACACCGACUCCCUUCUCUCGAAAUCAGUAACCGCCCUCGCUGCAGCGGUCUUGACAUCGGUUUGUAUCUCCAGGCAAAGCAUUUCCGAGCCGUAUCUUCUCGCUAUUGGAGCUCUUCGAAGAAGGCUUGAAAAUGGGCUCGGGAGGACAGAGGAGCUUAUUCCCGCUGUUAUGUGUCUGAUCUUGGUGGAGGUCAUGAUUCCAAACGCGAAUGUCGCCCUUGACGCCCAUUUAAAUGCAGUAGGUGUAUUCUUCCGUUCUGCUGGGCCAGAGGCGUGUAAGACAGGACUUCUGCAUAGAUUAUUUGUUGGAUUCCGACCAUUAAUGAUCAUCCAUGCUAUCCAGAAUCGCCAGCCAACGUUCCUCGGCCUCUCGGCUUGGAUCGAGAUUCCCUUUUCCGAGAUCGCGCCGUCUAUCAUGCAGGCCUUUUUCAACGAGUUCGUUCAUCUGUCGUCAAUACUUUGUCAAAUGGAUGGUCUUUGUCUGGAGGUAUCUCUUCAAUCGACCAGUCAGUCCGAAAUUGAGAAACAAGUACUCCAAUCUCUUCUCGUGGAUAUGUCUGCUCGUCUGGACCACUGGGAGGAUACUUUAACCACAUCCCCUUUCUCCUACCGGCGGGACUACAAUCACUCUCACGAAACCAGCCAUGAGCAUGAAGAUGAUCAGAACCAAGACCAUCGACGGAUUUCUUUCCCCAACGUGACAAUGGCAAAUAUCUUCACGCACCUGUGGGCUUUCCAAAUAAUUAUUUUCCGGGAGAUGGCUAUCCUCAGCACCGCGCUCUCUGAAACGGUAUCAUCCCCGGAGCACCGUGCAAUAGCUCUCGCGAGAAAUAUCUCACUUAGCAUGGACUAUCUUUUGAAAGAAGAUAUGGGUCUCUUUGGCCCAGCGUCAUCUUCCUUUCCUCUCCGAACAGCUUGGGAAGUCCUCAAAGAGAGCGGGGAUCAUGUUGACAGUGCCCAUGUGAAACGGAGUGUUGAUCGACUCGUCGCAAGAGGACUUUUAUCCGCGCCAACCUCUGUCUUCGGUCCUGACUGCAUGAAAAGUGUUCAAGAUGAUGUUGAUGUAUCGAGAUAG